AAAAUUAAAAGGAAGUACAACUUUGCACAAACAUUCGCUGUCGAAUUAUUAAUGUACGAUAUAACAAUUUACAAUUUUGCAUAUCGUAUAAUCCAAAUAAAUGGAUGACUUUGCACGAACAUCCGCAGUCUGUUUAACGACUAACGAGUGGCUUAUCGCUACGGAAGCUUGUCUUGUAAGCGACGCCGUCAUAUCCGGGAAUAAGAGUCGAAGAAUUCUAAUUUAACCGAGCCUGGUAUCGUUGAAAUCUGUUUGCUCAGCCGCUUCUACCAUCCUUAUGCCCAUUGUUAGCUACUAAUCCGACGUAUAAACCGCGUGUCCUCCCUACCUGUGGUCAAACACGAACGGUUAUCGGAAACGUGGGAAUGUUCUCGCAUGAUCGCGUACCAACCAACGUCGCUUAUCGCUUCCGUGACACGAGUGACGCUGUAACCUGACGCAAUUUCCCGCGAAAACGAUAACGUUGGAAUUUUUGAGUUUAUUGUUCGCCACACGGAGCCGUGUCUUCAACGAACGAUUUUCGUUCCAAUGAGCACGCGCAACGAUACGCGAUGAACCCACUGCCUUUCAAUGGCAUUAAGUUUCGAACUAGAGCAAAAAGGAUAUUAAGGCAUUUUGUUAUUGACACCAGCUCAUCGUAUGUGUUCUUCUAAAAGAAUAAUACAACUCUUUUUAAAUGCGUUAUACAACACUUGAAAAGAAAAUGUGCCAAAAAAACUAUAGUCAUCGUAUUUCAUAUUUCUCGAAUGUAUAGUUUGUUUAAUAUGUCGAGGAGUGUAUAGUCUGUACACGUGUUCUUGUUUUGCAAGAUUUAUUACACGUUUUGUUUUCGUAUGAUUGCGGUAAUGAGGAUGCAUUUUAGCGGCGCGGUUUCUAGAACGUUUCCGUUUCCUUGUUGGCAAUUUUAAUAAACCUUAUGAAUUAUGAUUGCGUUUCUCGUUGAAAGAACAUUGUUAAAUUCAUCGUGACAUCGUUAUUAAGCGUGCAAUACACGUGCGUCGCGUAUUUAAUUGUAUUUCCUGGUUUUUCAAUUUAUUCAACUAUGACGGAACUUAGUUCCAGACUUACUUCCAAGUUCAUUGCAUUUAGUUGUACGAACGUUUUCUUGCUUUCAAUGUAGUAAUUACGCGUAUAGCUUGUAAAUUUUAAUGAUGUCCUUUAAUAAUAUAAAUUUGUAAACUGGUCGUAUAAUAUUAUGCUUUAAUAAUAUAAAUCUGUAAACUGCAUAUAAAUAGUAAUAUUAUGCUUUAAUAAUGUAAAUGCCUAAACUGUUUCUAAAUUACACUAUUAUGCUUUAACGAUAAAAACUUGAAAACAGCACCUAAAUUGCAUUACUUUCGCAAUAUGUAUAUAAUUCAAGAAACAUUGAGGAAACCCUUGAAGUUUGUGAAAAAAGAAAUAAUGCUAGACAACGCGGAACUGACGGUAUUAGUAGAACAUGGUUCAACGUCUAGUAGAAGGUGAUGUCAGAAGCAGAACUUUCGCGCGCGUUCCGAACACAAUUGCAAUUUCCGCGGAUACACGUGCGCCAGCGAAACAUACGUUGCAUCCGGUUCGUCUCUAAUUUGCCGUUAAAAGUCCCACGGUUCACAGGAAGAACGAGUAAAACUGGAUCGCGGAUGAAGACACAUUAAGUUCUUCACGAGGGGAAAGAAUACUUACAUGUUCUAACCAACCGAAUCAGAAUGGUACGCGCGUUUCUUUGUGAAACGAGGAUACGUUGAAUCAGCGUUUUUCAAGCUGUGUUUUCGUGCAAUGCGAACAAGUGUAACGUGAGAAAAAAAUUGUUUUGAAAAAUGUCGGGGAUAUCGUCCAAGGAAAAGGAAGACAAGACGGAUCCGGGCGCUAGUAGACACGGGAACUUCAUGAAUUAUUACCAAUUCCAUCCUGCGGAAGAGCGCGUGCGACAACUUCCGCGUGGCGUGUGGCGGCGUCCUGGCCAUCCGGACCGGAAAUACGUAGGCCUAGACGUUGGCUGUAACGCGGGGGACCUGACGUUCGUGUUGCACGACUUCCUCGAGAGCGUCUUAUCGGGCGAUCGAGAGAUCUCCUUGCUUGGCGUAGAUCUCGAUCCGAUUCUGAUCGAGCGGGCACGGGAACGCAAUCCACGAACGGAUCGAAUAAUUUUCGAAUGCCUCGAUUUUGUAGCCGAAGAUUGCGACCAGACGUUGGAGGGCUAUCUUGGUCGUUUUCAGAAGUCACGCUUCGACGUCGUGUUCUGUUUCUCUGUUACGAUGUGGAUCCACUUGAACCACGGAGACAAAGGGUUGGCCGAAUUCUUGAAGAAAGCCUGUUCGCUAGCGGAGAUGAUCGUGAUCGAGCCUCAGCUUUGGAAAUGCUACAGAAACGCGUCGAGACGUUUGAGACGCUCCAAUGGAGAGGAUUUCCCUUUGCUGAAGACGCUAGAGCUCACUGGCGAUCCCCAGGCACAUAUUGAAAAUAUAUUGACGAAUGUUUGUAAGUUUCGAAAGGUGACCGUUACCACAGAUAACGAGUGGAAACGGAGGUUAUUAAUCUAUGAGAGAACUUGAGCAGCUAAUCCUAACAUUUUUACGAACAAGAUUCACUACAGCGAUUACGAAGUGGAAUAGUGAACUAAUAAUAACUUUAAUUCAAGUUUCAAUUAUUUUUCUGUAUUCGUAAAGAUUUGAAUUUGUGUAAACAUCUGCAGCCUAGAUAUAAAUGAAAAUAAUUUUGUAUUGCAAAGUGUGAUCCUUACGAAUAAAGCAAAAAAUUAGUUAAGAAGUA